CAAGAUUUUCAGGUAACAAAUGGAAUGUAAAGUUUGAUGUCCAACAAUUAAGAAAAAAGACCGAACCGAGCCAAUUAAGAAAUGUUCCCGUUAGUUCGUGAACUGGUGUGUGGAAGCGAUUAUGAGCUUCUCGAAACCGGAUGGCGCAACAAUUCCAACAUUCCGCAAGUAACAAAUUGUGGCCAGCACACAGAUUUUUCAACGAUACCAACUUUAUUUCUGGUGAUAUUUUCACCCAUUUUGUUCUACGAACUCUACAAAAGCCGAAAUUCUUAUUUACGAAGCUUUUCUGCUAUUUCUCUCAGAAUUAUCUUCUGUUGCCUACUCGUUGUCGAUCUCACUGCCACUGUCAUCUACGAUUUUUAUCUUCUCUUCACCAAAUCUCCACUCUACAAUGCUAUUCAUUUUUAUGGUGACCUCGUGCAAUAUGCAGGAUUUUGCCUUGCGCUUGUUCUGACAAUUGCUUGUAGAAACCGAGGAAUUAUCACAUCGGGAGUCAUCACGUUGUACUGGCUUUUAGUCGUUGUUUGUGGAGUUCCCGAGUUGAGAUACUAUAUCACCGGACGCCUGUAUAAAGAAUACGAAAUUCAUUCAUGCCGAGCAGCAUUGUACGUUUUCGCGUAUGUAUGCUCCGCACUGGAACUCUUUCUGAGUUGUUUUGCGGACACCCCAUCAAAUGGAUAUAUUGGAAAAAACUCCUGUCCAGAAUACACGGCCUCCUUCCUCAACCAGCUUACCUUUCAAUGGUUCUCAGGACUUGCUUACCUUGGAAACAAGAAAUCUUUGGAAAAGGAAGACUUGUGGGACUUGAACGAAAGAGACAAAGCCGAGAACAUUAUUCCUAGCUUCAUCGAGAAUUUGAUACCAGAAGUGGAGGGAUAUCGCCGGAAAAUUAAGAAGAACCCAGAAGCUGCUAUCCCAAAGAACCACCCAUCGAUAUUGAUUCCAAUCUUUAAAACUUACAAGUUUACAUUGUUAGCUGGUGGAUGUUACAAACUGAUGUUUGACUUGCUCCAAUUCGUUGCUCCUGAGCUUUUACGACAACUUAUCAGUUUCAUUGAGGACAAGAAUCAACCAAUGUGGAUUGGAGUAUCCAUUGCACUUCUGAUGUUCCUCUCGUCACUUUUGCAAUCAAUGAUUCUUCAUCAAUACUUUCAUGAAAUGUUCCGUUUGGGAAUGAACAUCCGUUCUGUGUUGACUAGUGCAGUUUACACCAAGACUUUGAAUCUUUCGAAUGAAGCGAGAAAAGGGAAAACUACCGGAGCAAUUGUGAAUUUGAUGUCUGUGGACAUUCAAAGAAUCCAGGAUAUGACUACUUUCAUAAUGCUUUUCUGGUCGGCUCCGCUACAGAUCCUUCUUUCUCUUUACUUUCUCUGGAAACUCCUUGGCGUCUCCGUACUAGCCGGAUUUGUAAUCCUUAUUCUUCUUAUUCCAUUCAACUCUUUUAUAUCAGUUAAAAUGAGAAAUUGUCAAAUGGAGCAGAUGAAAUUUAAAGACGAGAGAAUCAAAAUGAUGUCGGAAAUCCUGAACGGGAUGAAAGUGCUCAAGCUGUACUCGUGGGAAAAGAGCAUGGAGAAAAUGGUUUUGGAAGUCCGUGAGAAGGAAAUUCGAGUGCUUAAAAAACUAUCCUAUCUCAACGCAGCAACUACUUUGUCAUGGGCUUGUGCUCCAUUUUUGGUAGCUGUUCUGACAUUUGGUCUCUACGUCCUAUGGGAUCCAGAAAACAAUGUGCUCACUCCUCAAAUUACUUUCGUGGCUUUGGCUCUUUUCAACAUUCUCCGCUUCCCACUUGCAGUAUUUGCAAUGGUUUUCAGUCAAGCUGUUCAAUGUUCUGCAAGUAACACUCGCCUGAAAGAGUUUUUCGCCGCAGAAGAAAUGUCUCCUCAAACUUCUAUUGCAUACGGAGGAACAGACUCUGCUAUCAAAAUGGACGGUGGGUCAUUUGCUUGGGGAUCUAAGGAAGAAGACCGUAAACUUCAUGACAUUACCUUCAACAUCAAGCGUGGUCAACUUGUUGCCAUUGUGGGAAGAGUUGGAUCGGGAAAGUCCAGUUUGUUACAUGCACUUCUUGGUGAAAUGAACAAACUCUCCGGAAGUGUUCAAGUUAACGGAUCCGUAGCUUAUGUUCCACAACUAGCCUGGAUUCAGAACUUGAGUCUGAGAAAUAACAUCUUGUUCAAUAGACCUUAUGACGCGAAACUUUACCAAAAUGUCAUUGAAAAUUGUGCAUUGGUUCAAGAUUUGGAAAGUCUUCCAGCUGAAGAUCGUACUGAAAUUGGAGAAAAAGGAAUCAACUUGUCCGGAGGACAGAAACAAAGAGUUUCACUUGCCAGAGCAGUUUAUCAAAAUGCUGAAAUUGUACUUCUCGAUGAUCCACUAUCAGCAGUGGACUCACAUGUCGGAAAACAUAUAUUUGAAAAUGUUAUUUCAACCGCCACCGGAUGCCUUGGAACAAAAACUCGUGUUCUGUUGACCCAUGGAUUGACAUACCUGAAACAUUGUGACCAGGUUAUUGUGCUCAAAGAUGAAACAAUUAGUGAAAUGGGAACAUAUCAAGAACUUAUGAAUAGUAAUGGAGCAUUUUCGGAGUUCCUUGAAGAAUUUUUGUUAGAAGAGUCAAAGCAUAAGGGAAGAAGUGUUAGUUUUGGAGAGGAUUCAAAAGAAGUCAAUGAACUUCUCAGAGACUUGGAUCAAGUAAGCCCUGCAAUUCGGCAAAGAAUCCAAAGUCAAAUGAGCCAAGAAAUUGAGAAGACCGAUGACAAAAACGCUGAAAUCAUUCGCAACGGACUUCACAAGGACGAACAAACAGCGCACAGUUCGAUCGGAAAAAGCGAGGAGAAGGAGUCACUUCUUGGAGCGAUAUCGCCAAAAGAAAAGACUCCAGAACCACCCAAGCAAACCAAAACACAGCUCAUUGAAAAAGAAGCGGUGGAAACUGGAAAAGUGAAAUUUGAAGUGUACAUGUCAUAUUUCCGAGCCAUCGGAAUCAAAAUUGCUUUGGUUUUUUUCCUAGUUUACGUUGCCAGUAGUAUGCUUGGAGUGUUCAGUAACUUGUAUCUUGCCAGAUGGUCAGACGAUGCCAAGGAAAUCGCACUGUCAGGCAAUGGAAGUAGCAGUGAGACACAAAUUCGAUUGGGUAUCUAUGCUGUGUUGGGAAUGGGUCAAGCAACAUCCGUUUGUGCUGCGUCAAUCAUCAUGGCGCUUGGCAUGGUUUGUGCUAGUAGACUGCUUCACGCUACACUUCUCGAAAACAUUAUGAGAUCUCCAAUGGCAUUCUUCGACGUAACCCCACUUGGAAGAAUUUUGAACCGAUUCGGAAAGGAUAUGGACGUGGUGGAUGAGCGUUUACCGGACAAUAUCGGCGAUUUCUUACUCACCUUUUCUGAACUAGUCGCUUGUGUUGUUUUUACCAGCUAUGCGACGCCUUUUGCAAUUUUUCCAAUUGUUCUCAUCGCUAUUGGAUGUUUUGCGAUUCUGAGAUUCUAUGUUAGCACUUCUCGGCAAUUGAAGCGUUUGGAAUCCGCUUCAAGAUCUCCAAUCUAUUCGCAUUUUCAAGAAUCCAUCCAAGGUGCAUCUUCAAUUAGAGCAUACGGAGUUGUUGAUAAAUUCAUCAGAGAGUCUCAGCAUCGAGUUGAUGAAAACUUGGCAACUUAUUAUCCAAGUAUUGUAGCCAACAGAUGGCUGGCUGUUCGUCUAGAAAUGGUCGGUAAUCUGAUUGUUCUAUCUUCCGCCGGAGCUGCUGUUUACUUCCGUGAUUCUCCCGGCCUCUCUGCUGGCUUAGUUGGUUUAUCUGUUUCCUACGCUCUCAAUAUCACCCAAACCCUCAACUGGGCUGUUCGCAUGACAAGUGAGCUUGAAACAAACAUUGUUGCUGUUGAAAGAAUCAAUGAGUAUACAAUCACUCCAACCGAAGGAAACAACUCUCAGAGUUUGGCACCGAAAAGUUGGCCAGAGAAUGGAGAAAUUUCGAUCAAAAACUUCAGUGUUAGAUAUCGUCCGGGACUGGACUUGGUUCUUCACGGAGUCACCGCACACAUUUCUCCCUGCGAGAAAAUUGGAAUCGUUGGAAGAACCGGAGCCGGAAAGAGUUCCCUCACACUUGCACUUUUCCGUAUUAUCGAAGCCGACGGUGGAUGCAUUGAGAUUGAUGGAACUAAUAUUGCUGAUCUCCUGCUUGAACAGCUGAGAAGCCGGUUGACAAUCGUGCCACAGGAUCCAGUAUUGUUUUCAGGAACAAUGCGUAUGAACUUGGAUCCCUUCUUUGCAUUUAGCGAUGAUCAAAUUUGGGAAGCGUUGCGAAACGCUCAUUUAGAUUCAUUUGUAAAAUCUUUGCAAGAAGGUCUUCAUCAUCAUAUUUCUGAAGGAGGAGAGAACUUGAGUGUUGGACAACGACAACUAAUCUGCCUUGCUCGAGCUCUUCUCAGAAAAACCAAAGUGUUGGUGUUAGAUGAAGCCGCCGCUGCAGUUGACGUCGAAACCGAUAGUCUUCUUCAAAAAACCAUUCGAGAGCAGUUCAAAGAUUGUACUGUUCUCACAAUUGCCCAUCGACUGAAUACGGUUAUGGAUAGUGAUCGUCUACUUGUUCUCGACAAAGGUUGUGUAGCCGAGUUUGACACUCCGAAGAAACUUUUGUCAAAUCCGGAUGGAAUCUUCUAUUCAAUGGCAAAAGAUGCAAAUGUUGUGUAGACACUGUGAAAAUUAACUAUUACCAAAAACGCAUAAUGAUUCCAAAGAAUGUCUAUUUUUGUUUUUUUUAAAUUUUUUAAAAAUCUUCAUUCAUAUCAAAUUAUAUAUUUUUCUAACAGUCAGUGAAAAAAAAAACAAUCAAAGUUCUGAAUAAAUUUUUUAAUAUG